AUGCUGGCAACCCCGGUUCGCUCUCAGCUUGUAUGAAGACGGGGGCAGGUGUGACGGCUCUCCGUGAUAUUCCUCUCAUUCUGUCAUUAUGUGUAACCUGCUCUUCAUCCACAAGCAGAAGGACGGUUUCCGACGAUAAAGCAAAAAAAAAAAAAAUAAAAUAAAACGAAACACCACCGCGAUCUCGAAUUCUUCGUGCAUUCAGAAGCCGGUGACUGUAUUUGAGACAUUGAGCUCAGUAGUAGGGUCACGGUGUUCUGGAGCAUAUUCCAGAAGUUAUGGCCACAAAGCAGGGAAUAAUCUAGAGUGCAGCAGCAACCCAUCACGGUAGUACAUUUCUAACAUGGUGGCCUCACAAAUGAACUGGUGAAUCGAGGAGGCGACUGACCUCACAUGCACUGGCGUUACAGAGAAGCACAUCUGCAUGUGUUUUGUGAGACAUCUUUAACCUGAACAGCUCUCCCCUCUGUAUGAUGACUUCACCACUAUGGCCAGUGAACCUCUUGAAGGCUUCCAUGAAGUGAACUUGGCCUCACCCACCACCCCCGACGUGCACGGCCUCUCCGAGUCCCGCAGUCCCGGGCAUAGUUCCUUGCCCAGCACCCUGUACCGCACUCCUGCCCUCAGCUCUGGUCCCUGCCCGCCCAGCGCCCUCUGUGCGGACCAGCUUCCCACCCAGCCUGUCUACUCCGCCCCCAGGCCCCGGAGCAGUGAGGAGGCCCACAAUGGAAGCAUUCCAGGAUCAGAGGCCCAGCCCUCUGCCUCUGGCCCCGCCUCUUCGGCAGGCUUCGUCAGAGUGGAGGCAGAGUCUGCCGAGGGUGGGGUCUCGAGCAGCGAGGAAGGAGAGGAGACUCACGGCCUGUCACACCUCAGGAGCCCCUCCGUGAUGGAAGUAAGAGAGAAAGGGUAUGGGAGGUUGAAGGAGGAGCUUUCCAGAGCGCAGAGGGAACUUAAGUUAAAAGACGAAGAAUGUGAAAGGCUAUCUAAAGUAAGGGACCAGCUUGGGCAAGAACUGGAAGAGCUCACAGCUAGCCUGUUUGAGGAGGCUCACAAGAUGGUGCGGGAGGCCAACGUGAAGCAGGCGACAGCAGAGAAGCAGCUGAAGGAGGCCUUGGGGAAGAUCGACGUGCUCCAGGCCGAAGUGGCGGCCCUGAAGACUCUGGUACUGUCCACCUCGCCCACGUCCCCCUGCAAGGAGUUGCCCUCAGGCCCCAAGGUGCCUUUCAAGAAGGGCCACGCCCGCAACAAGAGCACCAGUAGUGCCGUGCUAGGCAGCCAGCAGGAGUUCAGCGUCACACAGCCCAUUGUCCGCGACUGCAAGGAGGUGGACAGCCUGCUGUUCAGCGAGUUUAAGGCCUGGAGGGAGGAGCCCACCCUGGAGAGGAGCUGCUCCUUCUUGGAGCGCAUCUACAGAGAAGACAUCUACCCCUGCCUCACCUUCUCGAAGAGCGAGUUGGCGUCGGCCAUCUUGGAGGCGGUGGAGAGGAACACACUCAGUGUGGAGCCGGUGGGCUUCCAGCCGCUGCCGGUGGUGAAGGCGUCGGCCGUGGAGUGCGGGGGUCCAAAGAAGUGCGCACUCAGUGGACAGACGAAAACCUGCAAGCACAGAAUCAAGUUUGGCGAAUCCAGCAACUACUACUAUGUGUCUCCCUUUUGUCGCUACCGGAUCACCUCCGUCUGUAACUUCUUCACCUACAUCCGCUACAUCCAUCAGGGCCUCGUCAAGCAGCAGGACGCUGAGCAGAUGUUCUGGGAGGUGAUGCAGCUCCGGAAGGAGAUGUCUUUCGCAAAGCUCGGCUAUUACAAGGAUGAUCUGUGAUGGGAGGGGGGGGGGCGGCACGGGACCUCAUCCCGAUCCUCCCCGAGAUGGACGGGAAGCGGUCUGCUCACCUGGCUCUCACGGGCAGCCUGCCACGGCCCCCAGUACCGCCUCCACCCCGCGACUCGUAACCACGGAUACAUCCAGCCACGGGACGGCUGCGGACUGAGCUAUAAGCCAGGCUGACAUUCGCGGUAUACCUUCACGUUGAGAUUUUAAAGUGGCAGACGCUGACGCGAGGCUGCUGCUCAGUCCGAUGACAUGAUGUGUUUUGAGAUGCUGAAUAGAUUUCUCAUUUAAAAAAAAAAAUCUUUAGGGUUUGAACCAGUCUGUGUUCUUUUGCGGAACAGUGAUUUCAAAAGUACAAUGGAGGAGACUGAUGAUAUGUUGGAAAUUGUGAUUUUUAGACUGUACAAAUGAAUGGUGUCCAGCUCAUUAGUUCUCAAGCCCAAUCAGCUGGCAAAAUGUGGCAGUGAAAUUGUGCGUGUACAUGUACAGGAAAUGUGCUGUAUGUUUGUUUUACCUGUCUGUUCGUAAGACUUUUUUUUUUCUGUUUUUCUUUUUGCACUCUGAUCUUACAAAGCUUUCCUUUAUUUUAGUGCCUUUCUGGAACAUACUGAAUAAAAUUGUAUACCUCUGGAACACAUAA